AUGGCACCUAGGUCAGGUCCCCUGUGGAGCCCUCUCAGCAGCACGGAUGUCACCGUCACAGCUCCUCCCAGCCUGUGGACCACCCAGCGUGAUGGCGAGGUGCUGCUCCGGCUGUCAAAACAUGGGCCAGGCCAUGAGGUGCCCGUGACCAUCCCUGAGCUCUUUCAGGAGUCAGUCAACCGAUUCGGGGCUUAUCCGGCGCUGGCGUCAAAGAGCAGCACCAAAUGGGAGAUGAUGAGUUUCACCCAGUACUACGCAGCCUGUCGGAAGGCCGCCAAGGCCUUGAUCAAGCUGGGCUUAGAGCGUUUCCACGGAGUCGGCAUCCUGGGCUUUAACUCUGUCGAGUGGUUCAUCGCGGCUCUCGGGGCCAUCAUGGCAGGGGGCCUCUGCGUUGGUAUUUAUGCCACCAACUCUGCCGAGGCUUGUCAGUACGUCAUCUCGCAUGCCAAAGUGAAUGUCCUGCUGGUAGAAAACAAUCAACAGUUAAAGAAGAUCCUUUCGAUUUCUGAGAGCAGGCGGGAGACCGUAAAAGCCAUUGUCCAGUACAAAGAGCCCACGACCAGCAGGGACAACCUCUACUCUUGGGACGAUUUCAUGGAACUUGGCAACAGCAUUCCUGACAUACAGCUGGACGGGAUCAUGUUGAGCCAGAGGGCCAAUCAGUGUGCCGUCCUCAUCUACACGUCGGGGACGGUGGGCAAGCCCAAGGGGGUGAUGCUGAGCCACGACAACAUCACGUGGAUGGCUGGAGCCAUGGUGAGGGACCUGGGGCUGAGUCACCCGUCGGGGAAGCAGGAGAUGGUGGUCAGCUACCUGCCCCUCAGCCACAUCGCGGCACAGAUGAUGGAUAUGUGGAUCCCCAUAAAGAUCGGGGCGCUUACCUUCUUCGCACAGCCUGAUGCUCUCAGGGGCACGUUGGUGCGCACGCUGCAGGAGGUGAGGCCCACCGCCUUCCUGGGGGUGCCCCGAGUUUGGGAGAAGAUGCACGAGUCCAUCAAGGAGAGCGUGGCCAAGUCCUCGAGCUUGCGGAGGAAGGCGUUUGCGUGGGCCAAACUCGUGGGUCUGAAAGUCAACACUCAGCGGAUGCUGGGGAAGCACGAGGUCCCCAUGAACUACCGCAUGGCCAAGGCGCUGGUGUUCAGCAAAGUCAAGCACUCGCUGGGCCUGGACCGCUGUCACUCGUUCGUCAGCGGGGCGGCGCCGCUCACCCAGGAGACCUCCGAGUUCUUCCUCAGCGUGGACAUCCCCAUCGGCGAGUUCUACGGCAUGAGCGAGACCUCGGGGCCCCACACCUUCUCCUGCAAGGACGACUACAAGGUCCUCAGCUGCGGCAAGAUCCUGAGUGGGUGUAAGAACAUGCUGUACCAGCAGAACAAGGACGGCAUCGGGGAGGUGUGUGUGUGGGGCAGGCACGUCUUCAUGGGCUACCUGGAGCGGGAGGAGGCCACGGUGGAGGUCAUCGACGAGGAAGGCUGGCUGCACUCCGGGGACCUGGGCCGCAUGGACAGCCAGGGUUUCCUGUACAUCACUGGCCGCAUCAAAGAAAUCCUCAUCACUGCCGGCGGUGAGAAUGUGCCCCCCAUUCCCAUUGAGACCCUUGUUAAGGAGAAGAUACCCAUCGUCAGUAAUGCCCUCCUGGUCGGGGACAGGGCCAAGUUCCUCAGCAUGCUCCUCACUUUGAAGUGCGAGACAGAUCAGAUGAGUGGAGAGCCCCUGGACAAGCUGAGCCCAGAGGCCAUCAACUUCUGCCUGAGUGUGGGCAGCCAGGCAUCCACCGUGACGGAAAUCGUGAAGCAGCGAGACCCGCUUGUUUACACAGCCAUCCAGCGUGGCAUAGACGCUGUGAACCAGGAAGCCACCUCCAAUGCACAGAGGAUCCACAAGUGGAUCAUCUUGGAGAAGGACUUCUCCAUCCAAGGCGGAGAGCUCGGUCCAACAACAAAAGUUAGGAGACAUUUCAUAAUCCAGAAAUACACAACCCAAAUUGAGAGUCUGUACUCCUGA